GAGGAGUGUUGGUCUGUUCUGUUGGCAUUGUCGUCGUCUAGGGACACGCAGUCACUGGUGUUGGCAGCCAUGGGUAAAAUAUUGAACGGAAAAAACCGUCAUAGCAGCCGCAGCGCUGUAGGAAUAGGAAGCUGUAGGAGUUGUCUGUAAAAUCCGUCUGUUAUAUUAUCACUAUGAAUUAGCAUCGCAACAACAGCGGCAGUAGCAAAAGAUGUAAUAUUCGACGACUUUUCCAUACGACAACUUCAUAGCAUCAUCGCCAGAUAUAUAUAUAUAUAUAUAUAUAUAUAUAUAUAUAUAUGAACAUAGCAGUAUCGGCCACAGCAGUGGCUGUGUUAUUAUGAUUAUGACUAAUAAUGAUUAUCGGCUGAUGUAGAGAAUAGAGCGAGUGUGCAGAUGCGGUGCUGGUGAUGAUGAGUAGGGCAAUAAGAGCUGGUAGUCGUCCGAGAUGCUCAUUUAUGUUGCUGCUGUCAGUUAGAGUGAAGACAACAGUGUGAAAUGAUCCGUUUUUCUUGCUGCUACUAGUACUACGAUUGGAUAUCAUUCCCUGUUUCUUCGUGUCAAGGGUCGUUGUUGUUAGCAAGUCAUAAUCAAAAACGUCUCCGCAGCUGGUGUUAGUUCUGAUUUUGAAACAGAAUUAUACGACGAGUGCACAGAGACAAUGGUUUCGGUGUCAACAUAAUAUGUAAUAAAUGGCGGAGCAAUGUCGAUACGGUGAUUGAAUAAGCAGUGAUUGAUUGUAAGCGGAUUCUUACUGUGUGUAUAUCAAUAACGAUCCUCCAGGCAAGCUCACAAGUAAUGAAGAGAUUUAGCGCAAAAUAGUUUUUUGCGAUCGAAGAUAUACAGUCAGUGAUCUGUGUGUCGACGCCGUGGUGGCAAAGCACGCUGUGGUUGCCUAUUUUUAAAUUUGCCACGGAACGAGGAGAUUCCUCGGCAGAUCGGUACUAACCAUGAUUCAGCCGCAUACAGAAAUAUCGCCUGCUGAAUUUAAGGUGCUUGUGGACAUUCAAGCGCGUAAAUCGACCCUCAAAGCGGAAAUAGAACGCAUUCGUUUCGAGAUUGAAUGCGUCACAAACGAUAUGGCCAAACUGGAAUCGGCUAAUGUCACUAGAGGCGGUGGGGCUGUUGAUGGCGGUGGAGGCGAAAAUGCGCGACUCAAAUUUCAAGCUUCAGGACGAAAAAUGUUCAAUCUAGAUCCUCGAAAAGGCAUCAACUAUCUUAUUGACUUUGGUCAGUUGGAAAAGACUCCCGAAGCAGUUGCGGAUUUCCUGUUCAAUGGAGAAGGCCUGUCUAAGAAAUCCAUUGGAGAUUAUCUUGGAGAAAAAGAGCCAUUCAACGAAUCAGUGUUACAUGCCUUUAUUGGAUUGCACGAAUUUCAUAAUCUUAUACUAGUCCAAGCGCUGCGGAGGUUUCUGUUCAGCUUUCGUCUGCCUGGUGAAUCACAGAAGAUUGACCGCAUGAUGCAAGAAUUUGCCAACCACUAUUGCCAGCAAAAUCCCGGCGCUUUCUCUACGCCAGAUCAGUGCUACAUUCUGUCUUUCGCAAUCAUUAUGUUAAAUACGAUGUUACAUAAUUCGGCUAUUAAAGAUAAGCCAACUACAGAGGGAUUUAUAAAGAUGGUCACCGACUCCUCUAUGAAUUUUGACAGGGCAAUGCUGGUGUCUAUAUAUGAAAACAUACGAGGAGAACCAUUCAAAAAACCAGAGGACGAUGGGAACGACUUAAUGCACACAUUCUUCAAUCCCGACCGCGAAGGUUGGCUGUGGAAACAGGGCGGCCGCGUGAAAUCCUGGAAACGAAGAUGGUUCAUAUUGUCAGACAAAUGUUUGUACUAUUUCGAGUUCACAACGGACAAGGAACCAAGGGGCAUUAUUCCACUUGAGAACGUUUCUGUGCGCGAUGCAACGGACAACAAUCGGUCGAGUCGAGCACACUGUUUUGAGUUAUUCGCAACAGCCGGAAACUGUAUCAAAGCAUGCAAAACCGAUUCCGACGGAAAGGUCGUAGAGGGAAAGCACACAGUUUACAGAAUGUCGGCAUCUACAGCCGAAGAAAAAGACGAGUGGAUGCGAUGCAUCGAAAGAUCAACUACGCAACACCCGUUCUACAAUAUGUUGAAUGCGCGCAAAAAGAAAUUACAAGACACCCACGGUCACCACAAACAGCCACAGCAGUCACUACAACAGCAGUCACAGCAGCAGAACAUUCAGCACUCACAGCAAACUUAAUGAGCUCUUGAUACUGGACAAAACUGAGUGCAAAGCAGAUAUAUCAAAGGAAAUGAAGCAAUGCAUGAAAACGAUCGCCUAUUUCCGAACAACUGGUCAAGCUACUUAUCCUGUUGUUUUAUGAUUGUGUUGGGGCGUCCCUAAACAACACAAAAUGAAGCCUCCUGUAUUUUUCAAUGUAGCUUCAUAAUGCCUGAGAAGUGUAAUGUAAUUUUUAGGAAGUUUUGUGACAGUGAUGUUUCGUUGACUUCUCUUACAAGGAAAGAUGAAUCUAUUGCGCAGCCUGACGCAAUGUUUCUGUCGUCUAGUCGAUGCAUAUUUAAGCCGCUGUUGUGAGCGCCAAGUGGAAUUUCGAAUUUUUCGGCACAACGAUACUUUCAGUAACAAUUGCACUACGACUUGUUGUUGUACACACUGACGGUAUAGUACCAUCGUAUCAAAAGUAGGGUUUCAUCGAAAGCCGGGUAAUUCAUUAACAUCUUUCGAUCAAUUUUUUGCAGCUUAGGCCUGGCCCUUCCGUUGGUCUCUAGAUUUAUAUACUGAUGUAAUUGAUUCAAGUACUAAUUUAACGGAAAACGUGUAAACAGCCGAAGUUCACAAGUGUUGCGACGCGUGUCCUUGUUUGCAAUUUUUUAGUAACAUGAGACAGAUUAUUAUAUAUUCAGAAUAUUAGAUAGCUUAUUAAUAUUUUUGCUCUGUUGUUUACCCAUUGCCAAGAGCGGAUGUUAUAGGAAUCUCUUCUUUCAGAAACUACGCCGCCACUUCUUCCUUAUGGAACUGGUGAACAAUUAUUGUUCGAUUAAAAUGUAGGGCCAAAUUGUGCAUCCUCGAAAGAUGGAAGAUACGGACAAAUCUUGGAUUAUACGACUUGGAAGUGUGCUAUAUGAGUAUACGUGUAUGUGUUUGGGAACAUUUCCACAAUUCAGACAGCUGUGGGUGGUUUGUAAAAAGUGCCAACAGUAACCUAGUGUAAAGUAGCAUAAUAUAGA